UAUAGGAAGGCCGGUAUUUUUUUCCAGAAAAGGUGACAACCCUAAAAGUGAGGUUGGGGCACAGGGGGGAGGAGACAGGAAUAAAGCUAAAGCAGACACACUGACACGUGUAAUUAUCAAUUAAACACAUUAGCGGCCCCCUCCAGCCCAAUGGUACAGCCCUAACACCAGGACCUGCAACUUAAACCUACGGAGGAGGAGCCAAAGUAAAAAUCUUUGUUGCGUCUGCCGCCAGAAGACGUAAACUUCCGUUUAGCCGCCAUAUUGGUACACCCUUAGAAGAAAGGAAAGAGCAUCCGUCUGUACAGCAAUCGCAUACUGUCAGGGAAGGCUGGGUUUACACGGCAACUGCAGGGAGGUUCAUUCCAGGCUCGACGGCCCUCUGCGAACAGAGUACGAGGAAGAGACUAACGACUCAUCGAUUCCCUUCUCUGAGUUUGGGUGCACCAAUAUGUCUGUUGCCCGCCUGUGAGUGACUUUCCAGCAGCACCAUGGAACCCGCCGGCCGCAGGGAGAAGCCCAAGGGGAAAGACGCCGCUAACCGACAGGAGAAAGCCAAGCAGAAAUCCGCCCAACAGGAGCUAAAGCAGCGCCAGCGAGCAGAGCCGUAUCCAGUAAUAGAGUUCAGUGGAAAUGAAAUGACGUUUCUCCAGAACCCCCCGGUGCUACACGUACGACUAUAUGAGGGGAUAUCAAGUGUGAGCUCUUCAGGUGAACACUAAACAGUCGGGGCAAAGGUAGACACAAUUGUGGAAAGGAUUCCAGAGGUUUCUGCAGUUCUUUAUAGGGAUGCACUGAAUCCACUAUUUUGGAUUCGGCCGAACCCCCAAAUCCGUCACGAAGGAUUCAGCCGAAUACUGAAUCGAAUCCGAACCCUAAUUUGC